AUGGAUUAAGAAAUUGUGGAUUAACUUACUUUAGAUUCUAUUCCUUACUAUGAAGAGUAGUUGUAUGGGGCAUUAUAAGUUAUAAUUGACUUACAAUAGAAAGUUGAAUAGAAUGAAAUGAUUUAGGAUGAUGAAAAUUCGAAUGAAAAUUAGAUUGAGGAUGUUGAAGGUGAUUAUCAAGAAAUAAUUUCAUCCAUUCAAUAAUAGUAACUUAAAGAAUUACAAGACAUUGAUGAGAUAAGUUUGAAAUAACAAGAGGAUUUCGAUUAAUUAUUUAAAUAAUUGCACGAGUUGGAAUAAUUGACUAAUCAAUACUAAUAAGAGAAUAACCAAGAUGAACAAUACAUAAAAACGACACAAUAGAUGAUAUCUGAAAGAUAGCAAUAACUAAAAGAAUUAAGUGAAUUAUUUAUGUUACAAGACAUUCAUAAUAAAGAAAAUCAAAGAAUCAUAUAAAAUUUACAAUAAAAACUGAAAUUGAAUGCUGUUUCUAUACCUUAAGAAGGUUCUAAAGAGGAGAAAAUAGAAGUUACUUAAAUUGUGAAGCAUCAACGUUAAGAAUCAGAGGAAGAUGUCGAUUAUAUCUAAUAUCUUUAACUCACUGAUUAUAAGUAAAAGCUUGAAGAAGAGUUGGAAUAAAUAGCAAAAUAACCAAAAGUCGAUAAGGAUAUGAAUGAUGCAUCUACAUAAACUCAUUAGCAAGAGUUUCUAAUUAAAUCAAAAAAUUAUGAUGAUUUUGUUUAUUCUAGCAGUUGUGUAUAGCCAACUUUUUCUGUGGAAAACACCCCAAAAGCAAGUCAAAUACUUUUGCAUUCACUUUUAAAAGAGGAGAAACCAAGGAAUAGAGAAUGCUGUACAAGUUGCAGAAUUUACUGA